AUGGCAAUGACAAUUUUGUACCCCAUCACAAUGCCCCUGAAAGAUAACACCAAACGGGUUCCGCUAGAAACUUAUUUCUCCUCAUAUGACCAACUCAUAAGACGAACGGCCACGAUUUUUAUGUGCACCGAUCGAAUGGCAAAAACCAUCACGACCGAUGCCACAUGCAAUCUACCUAAUCCGUCACCCGAACAUGUACAAAGAGCAACAAUUUUUCACGUCAAAAGGGCACAAGCGCAAAACUUCAACGCAGAAAUCACUGCCCUGCGGCAAAACAAACCUAUACCAAACACAUCCAGAAUCCGAAAAGAAGCGCCAUUCUUGGACGCAAACGGCCUACUCCGAGUGGACGGCCGACUGCAUCAAGGCGAAUUCCCACCAGACCAACAACAUCCCAUAGUCCUACCAAAGAACCAUCGCAUCACCCAACUUAUC